CAGGGUUGGUGGAUGCCGCCGAGGCUGUGGGCCGGGAUUGGCUGCGCCAGCUUUCCGUUCCGAGGCUGUGUGUUGCGAGCGCCGUCGCUGCGGUGUUGCCGCCCUGCUGUCGGCCUCUGGCUCAGGGGAGGCGGAUCAAUUUAAUAACUUUGAGUAUUGCAUCAAGUCUUGAGAAACAGAUAUGCAAGUGAUUUGUACUUCCAUUAUGGCAGUGUGGAAGGAGAACUCAAGCCAGAAAUAUGCAUAAACUUAAGGUUUCAUGGACAAAUAAAAUGAUAGCUCAGAUGGACUGAGGAGAUGGCGGAAAGAAAACUUCUGGGAGAAUAUGGAUCUGAUUGAAGGCUUUUCUAACAAGACUCUGCUGAAUUGCACAAUGGGUCAGGAAGCUGGGAAGCCCACAUGGCCAAAACCAGCAGGAGGGUAUCAGACUAUUACAGGCAGAAGAUAUGGAAGAAGGCAUGCCUACGUCAGUUUUAGACCAUCACUGACGAAUCAAGAGAGAAAUUCGAACCAACAUGGCGAAGAAUGUGAAGGAUUAGAACUAGAUGAUGUUCAAAAAGAAAAUUCUUUGUGUUCCAGUCCACUGACCCAAGUACAUUCUGCUUUAGCAGAUGUACCAUUGGUAGCGAAUGUUGGAUCAGAAGAUCCUGCUAAUCAAGCUGAACCGAGCCAAGCAAUCAACACAGAUACUUCAUUUUCUCCGGCAUGUUACAAUAUGGCAGGUAGCCAAACUGUGAGUAGCAAUGUGAAUUCUGAUAUUUCUCAUGAUUGUGCAGAGUAUACUUCUGGAGAGCAUAACAACCUAAAUGGACAGAAUGGAAUUGCUUUUGUAAACAUUGACUCUUAUGAGCCAGAUAGCAGUGAUGGAGAGGAUGAGGGUGACCAGACUGCUCAUUCCUUAGCUAAAGAAGAAGCAGGAAUAUUUCAAGAGGCACUAGAUAGUAUGCUUUCUGAGUUGGAGAAAGGAAUGGACUCUUUCAGUGAUCUACAGUCGCAUCUGUCCAAUUUCAGUAAUCAUUCCCUGAGCAAAAGUUUUGAAGACCUAAGACCAGUGCCUUUCAAGAGACAUUCUAGCAUAGAAUCCGAUAUUGAUUGCCAGACUAAGACAUCUCUGAAAACAUCCAGUGAAGAAGACUCUCUAGUAAAAAAUAACUUUAGUACAAUUUGUGGCACAGAACAGCAAAAAAAUACAUCUGACCCUACUGUUAGGACCCCAGUAGGGUUUUCUAAUGAAUUGAGUAUUAAUAACAUGAAGACGGACCAAGGGAAUUCAUCUGAACUGGUUGUAAGACCCAAAGUUAGAGAACAGAAUUCUGUAAGCCAGAUGGAUAAGAAGCAGUCUCUUAAGAAAGAGGAGGAAGAAAAGAGCAGUACUAGAAGAUGGAGUGAGAAUGUGGAUGUCCAGCAAUGCAGUGCAGAAUGUGUCUUGAAAUACAGUAAAGAAAAAAUCAAUUCAAGUAUGUUUUUUGACCCAAGAGACUAUGAAGGAACUCGAAAGAAAACAAAAAGUGAAAUAAGGAAACAAAAUAUAACUCUUCAAGAUGACAAAAGUAAAGUAGAUGAUAGUGCUUUCUGGGAUGAAUUUGAAGAUAGUGGCAGAAACCUGUCUAGCUCAAUCAAAGAUGACAGCUCUGAAUGCAGUGAUGGUGAAUGGUCUGCUUCUCUGCCUUCCUAUUUUGCUGUGACUGUGAAAGAUCAGUCCUCAAGUGAUGAGAGCUGGGAGACUCUUCCAGGAAAAGAGGAACAGGAGCCUGAGGUGCAAAGUGACAGCAGUGGUGUGGAAGAAGAGCAUAAUGAGUUUGGUUUCCAAGCAGGGGAACAGACCUCUCUGGAGGAUGGUGAGAUUCCUUGGCUACAGUAUCAUGAAGAAAUUGAAAGCAGCAGUGAUGAGGAAAAUGACCAAGUUAGCCAUUUUGUACAUCCUGGCUUUUUCAUGUUGGAUGGAAACAACAAUCUAGAAGAUGAUUCCAGUAUGAGUGAAGAUCUAGAUGUGGAAUGGAGGCUACUUGAUGAAUUUGGUGAUGGCCUAGGUGUUGCGCAAGCCAUUUCUUAUGUGGAUCCUCAGUUCCUUACCUAUAUGGCCCUGGAAGAACGGUUGGCACAAGCCAUGGAGGUAACAAGCAUGUUCAUGGAAAUGACUUAUCAGCGUCUACAGACUGCUCUGGCCCAUCUGGAGUCUCUUGCAAUUGAUGUUGAGCAGGCUCAUCCGCCAGCUAGUAAAGAGAGCAUAGACUGUCUGCCACAAAUCAUCAUAACAGAAGAUCACAAUGCUGUAGGUCAGGAGCAGUGUUGUGCAAUCUGCUGCAGUGAGUACAUCAAAGAAGAAAUUGUAAUGGAGCUUCCAUGUCACCACUUCUUUCAUAAGCCUUGCAUAACACUUUGGCUACAAAAGUCUGGAACGUGUCCCGUAUGCCGUCAUGUGCUUGCACCUGUUCUUCCAGAAGCAGCCACUCCCACAGUCACCUUCCUGCCUGAUCAUGACUCUGCUCCUUCGGUCCACAGCCCUUCAGAAACACAAUAAAAAUGAACACCUGAAAAGAGAGUUUGACCCAUCAGACUUUACUGUAAAUUUAUCCUGUUUAAUUACAAUGUGAAAUUGCUUUGUAUGUAAGUAUAUAAUAAUAAACACACUUCAAAAUAUUAGUUUAGAAAGAGGAUGUAUGAGCUUUCUACAUGGUUUAGGUUUACAGUGAAGAGUAGUUCUUCUAACAGACUGAAAGGUGGGAAAGAUUGCACUAGUUUUCUGCAGUAAAACAUGUUGCUGUUAACUAUAAUGCUUGUAUUAAAUUUGUCUGAUGAAAUUAUUAACGUGGCACUCUUGUUCAAGUUAAUGCAACUGCAGUGCAGUUGGAGCUGACAAAAGUUAUGCAUAUAGCCUGUUUUACAUUAUAUAAUUGGGGCUUGGGUUGUUUCUUUGUUUAAAAAUAGUGCCACUUAAUUACUUUGUACAUAGCUCUUUCAUAUUUGCAUCAAAUGUGAAGACGUUCUGUGAUCCACAGCAGUAAUAUAUACUUUGGUUUCACUGGAAAUAAACAGCAUAAUCAAA